GUUCCAUGAUGGAGUUUGAACAUUACCUCAAGAGGUUUCAUAUUUUGGAUUAGUUAAUCGUCUUUACCCUCUGCUGGGGACUUAGAAACUUUGGAUUCAGUUUCUGUGUCCUUCAAGACAUUACAUGCAGAGAGAUUGUACCAUGGACUGCAAGGAGAGCUGCCCAAGUGUGAGCAUCCCCAGCUCUGAUGAACACAGAGAGAAAAAGAAGAGGUUCACGGUUUAUAAAGUUCUAGUGUCAGUGGGCAGAAGCGAGUGGUUUGUCUUCAGGAGAUAUGCAGAGUUUGACAAACUUUACAAUACUUUGAAGAAACAGUUUCCUGCCAUGGCUCUGAAGAUUCCUGCCAAGAGAAUAUUUGGUGAUAAUUUUGACCCAGAUUUUAUUAAACAAAGAAGAGCGGGACUGAAUGAGUUUAUUCAGAACUUGGUCAGGUAUCCAGAGCUUUACAACCACCCAGAUGUCAGAGCCUUCCUUCAGAUGGACAGCCCCAGACACCAGUCAGAUCCAUCCGAGGACGAGGAUGAAAGAAGUGCUCCGAAGCCACACUCUACCUCACAGAACAUCAACCUGGGACCAACUGGAAAUCCUCAUGCUAAACCAAGUGACUUUGAUUUUUUAAAAGUUAUUGGAAAGGGCAGCUUUGGCAAGGUUCUCCUUGCAAAACGGAAACUGGAUGGGAAAUUUUAUGCUGUCAAGGUGUUACAGAAAAAAAUAGUUCUCAACAGAAAAGAGCAAAAACAUAUUAUGGCUGAACGCAAUGUGCUCUUGAAGAAUGUAAAACAUCCAUUUCUGGUUGGAUUGCACUAUUCUUUCCAAACAACCGAAAAGCUUUAUUUUGUUCUGGAUUUUGUUAAUGGAGGGGAGCUCUUUUUUCACUUACAAAGAGAACGGUCUUUUCCUGAACACAGAGCGCGGUUCUACGCUGCUGAAAUCGCCAGUGCCUUGGGUUACCUGCACUCCAUCAAAAUAGUGUACAGAGACUUGAAGCCGGAAAACAUUCUUUUGGAUUCAAUGGGACAUGUUGUCUUAACAGAUUUCGGGCUUUGCAAAGAAGGAAUUGCUAUUUCUGAUACCACCACCACCUUUUGUGGGACACCAGAGUACCUUGCUCCUGAGGUGAUCAGAAAACAGCCCUAUGACAACACUGUGGAUUGGUGGUGCCUGGGUGCUGUUCUCUAUGAGAUGCUGUAUGGGCUGCCUCCUUUUUAUUGCCGAGACGUUGCUGAAAUGUAUGAUAAUAUUCUUCAUAAGCCCCUGAAUUUGAGGCCAGGAGUGAGCCUCACUGCGUGGUCCAUUCUGGAAGAACUCCUAGAAAAAAACAGGCAGAAUCGACUUGGUGCCAAAGAAGACUUCGCCGGACCAGACGAUAUUAGGAACUUCGACACAGUCUUCACGGAAGAGGCGGUCCCCUAUUCUGUGUGCGUGUCUUCUGACUACUCCAUAGUGAAUGCCAGUGUUCUGGAGGCGGACGAUGCAUUUGUUGGUUUUUCUUACGCCCCUCCUUCAGAAGACUUGUUUUUGUGAACAGUCUGAAGUUCAGAAACCAUUGGGCAAAUCAAGCCUGUGGAGGAGAUGGAAACGCCGAUUUGUGUGAAUAUACUCAACUAUGUAUAACAGUGCCUCAUUUUUACAUGUAAUGUUGAAAACUAUGAAAUACGUAUUUUCUGCUGUACGCAAGAAAUAGGGCAUUUCAAAGAGCUGAGUUUUGAACUGAUUUGUAUUCUUGUUUAUUAAGCUUAUUUUUAAAACUUUAAAGCUAUUAUUAUUCUUAGCAUUAACCUAUUUUUAAAGAUGACUUUUUGCUAUUGACUGUUUUUUCCCUGUUAAGUUUACACUAACACAUCCAAGAUAGACUGUUGUUAAUAGUCUGUUACAGCUAAGAUAAGAUGCAUUAAUAUCUUUAUACUUCUAUGACUUUUAUCAUAGCAGAACUAUGCAAAUGGUACAUGGGAGUUUAAGAUGAUGUCACUGUUUAGAAUUUGCUUCUUGGUGAGAGUCGGAUGCAAAGGCAGGUUGAUGGCUACACACGUGCAGCCCCUCUAAGGCAGAACGAAAAGAGAUCUUUGUUUUUGAAACGCUCCGUUCUCACCCAUGCAUCACGUCUCCUCUCAAGGAGAAGAAAGGAUUUGAUGGGUCGAGUUUUUGGAAUCCCCAAGGAGAUGAGAAGUAUAAAAAUGCUGCCAGAUGUUUUUAGUGGUGCCAAAAAUAAAUGUCUGUCAUAUAUUUAUAUUAUAAA